CUUUUCAAAUUUCUUUGUUUGCUUGUGCAAUUCCGUACCCCUUUCUUAAUACUUUGGUAAGUCAUACGAUGCUUUCAAGUAUUUGCUAAAUUAUUUGACCUGUUUUAGAAUAUAAAAUGAGGGAAAUUGUUCAUAUCCAAGCAGGACAAUGCGGCAACCAAAUAGGUUCAAAGUUUUGGGAAGUAAUCUCCGGGGAACAUGGUAUCAACCCCUCCGGACUUUACGAAGGAAAUUCUCCGUCACAACUGGACAGAAUCAAUGUAUACUACAGUGAAGCGACAGGAGGAAGAUAUGUUCCCCGUGCUGUGUUGAUAGACUUGGAACCAGGGACAAUGGACGCUGUAAAAGCCAGUCCAUACGGAAAACUCUUUCGCCCAGACAACUUUGUGUAUGGUCAGAGUAGUGCCGGAAACAACUGGGCAAAAGGUCACUACACUGAAGGUGCAGAGCUCAUAGAUAAUGUCUUAGAUGUAGUCCGGCGAGAAGCAGAGUCGUGUGACUGCUUGCAAGGCUUUCAAAUCACACAUUCACUUGGAGGUGGAACAGGUUCUGGUUUAGGAACCCUUUUAAUCUCUAAAAUACGGGAAGAAUAUCCCGAUCGAAUGAUGGGUACCUAUUCUGUAGUUCCAUCCCCAAAGGUGUCCGAUACUGUGGUGGAACCUUAUAAUUGUACUCUUUCCGUUCAUCAGUUGGUUGAAAACGCAGAUGAAGUAUUCUGCAUUGACAAUGAAGCACUUUAUGACAUCUGCUUCCGAACAUUGAAGCUCAGCAAUCCUAGUUACGGAGACUUGAAUCAUUUGGUUUCAGCAGUGAUGUCAGGUAUUACUUGUUCAUUGCGUUUCCCAGGACAGUUGAAUGCAGAUCUACGAAAGUUGGCUACCAAUUUGAUUCCCUUUCCACGCCUUCAUUUCUUCAUGAUUGGAUUUGCACCCUUAAGUUCACCAGGCUCACAACAGUAUCGUUCUGCUAGUGUUUCUGAGUUGACUCAACAAAUGUUCGAUGCCAAGAACAUGAUGGCUGCAUGUGAUCCCCGCCAUGGUCGCUAUUUAACUGCUGCAGCAUACUUCCGUGGAAACAUGUCAACACAAGAUAUUGAUGAUCAAAUGUUUAACAUUCAGAACAAGAAUUCCUCCUACUUUGUUGAAUGGAUUCCAAACAACAUCAAAAGCUCUCUGUGUGAUAUUCCUCCUUUAGGUAUGAAAAAAUCAGCAACGUUUGUGGGCAAUUCUACCUCCAUACAAGAACUAUUUCAACGAGUUGGUGAGCAAUUUACCGCAAUGUUUCGUCGCAAAGCUUUUCUUCAUUGGUAUACUGGAGAGGGAAUGGAUGAAAUGGAGUUCACGGAAGCAGAAAGUAACAUGAAUGACUUGGUGUCAGAAUAUCAACAGUAUCAAGAAGCUACUGUCGAAGAUGACUUUGAUGUCGACAUAGAAGAGGAAACAUUUUAAACAAUUGUGCCUUUAUGGCGUCCAAGUUCAUUUGAUUCUCCUCACUGGUGUUUCAUAUAUGUAGUCAUUCAUAAUUUGGUGAACAGCACUAAAGUUGUUUUGGAUAAACAAUUCCAUUUGAAAGUUUUCAUCCCAUU